UUUUUUCAUAUAUAGCCUAACUUUCAUUCACAGACAACAUGAAAUUACAUAAGGCUAAACAUAGCCUAGUGUCACAGCAUGUAUUUUAUGAAUUCGCAAUGAAUCAUAUAGUGUUUGUCAGACAUAUAUUAAUGUAAGUUAUGAUAAAGUGCGACCAUUGUACUGGAACAGUGAUGAAACGCUCCGCGCGCAUUUCACGCGUCUGGUGUGAUGCGCGCUCAUCACGUGCUUCAGCUCGAGCCAUCCAGCCGCUUCGAGCAGAACAAACUAUCUCACCUCUCAGGAAAAACCUUCAAGAUUGACGUCAAAAAGAUUAAGCUAUUCGGACACAUCGAGCUGAACGCGGAGGAAUCGGAUGUGAGUGGAAGUGUUGGGAAACCUCCAGGUCAGGACCAAGUGCCUUUCCUCGUCUCCGGCAGCCCGUGGGAAGUUUCUUUCCAUGUGAAACCCAUCUGACACACAUGAUCUGCUCCAUACGCACUCAUUCUGGACCAGCGGGGACACUUCCAUAUCCAUAGAUUGUAUAACAACCAACAUAAGACGAGACUGGAUUGUAUAUUCCUAUACGAACUGUGAGAUUUGGGGUGCAUGCAUAAAUACCAAGAAGCUGCAUUAGAGAGUCAUUGACCAAAGAGAACGAAAAUGGACCCGCCGAAUAAGGAGAUACGGUCACCGGAGAACGGCCCCAGCUCGGCUCGGCCCUGUUGCUCAAGCCUCAAGAUGUUCCUUGUGGCCUUGUCCUUUGCCUACUUCGCCAAGGCAUUAUCUGGGAGCUAUAUGAAAAGCACAAUAACUCAGCUGGAAAGACGCUUCGACAUCCCCAGUUACUUAAUAGGUGUCAUUGAUGGCAGCUUUGAAAUAGGUAACUUGUUAGUGAUCGCCUUCGUGAGUUACUUUGGUGCCAAACUUCACCGUCCGAAGAUCAUCGCCAUCGGCUGCCUGUUGAUGUCACUUGGGACUUUUUUAAUUGCCUUGCCGCAUUUUAUAAUCGGACGCUACAAGUUUGAAACAUCGAUUCGAUCAUCAGUGAACUCCACCAGUAACCUCUCUCCAUGUCCAGUGAGGUCAAGCGUCCCGGCCGUGGGUCCCAGCGCUUCUUCAGCGCCGAGCUCAGGUUGCGAACACGAGUCCGUGUUGUCCAUGUGGAUCUAUGUUUUCCUUGGGAAUAUCUUGCGAGGAAUCGGUGAGACCCCAGUGCAACCUUUGGGAAUCUCCUACAUCGAUGAUUACGCUCUGGAGGAGAACGCAGCCUUCUACAUCGGAUGCGUCCAGACGAUAUCAGUCAUCGGUCCGGUGUUCGGCUACCUGCUGGGGUCCGUCUGUGCCAAGAUAUACGUGGACAUUGGAUUUGUCAACAUGGAGAGCAUUAGCAUCACCCCGGGAGAUGCACGCUGGGUGGGCGCAUGGUGGCUGGGAUACCUUAUUGCAGGAUUCAUCACCCUGCUCUCGGCGGCGCCGUUUUGGUUCUUGCCCAAGUCUUUGCCCCUGCCAGAGAAACGGCUUGCCAAAUAUUCUCCAGAGCGGACCCAAUUCAUCAAAGACUCGCCCCUGCUGGAGCACAAGUACCACGCAGACCAGCCAGCCAACUUCCUAGAAAUGGCCAAAGACUUUUUGCCAACGCUCAGAUCCCUUUUGGGGAACCCAGUCUACUUCUUGUAUCUGUGCAUCACCAUCAUCCAGUUCAACUCUUUGAUCGGUAUGGUGACGUACAAGCCGAAAUACAUCGAGCAACAUUACGGACAGUCAGCGUCCAAAGCCAACUUCUUAAUGGGAGCGAUCAACAUCCCAGCCGUAGCUUUGGGAAUGUUCUCCGGGGGAGUGAUUAUGAAGAAGUUCAAGCUGAGCAUCAUGGGAGCAGCCAAGUUUGCGCUGGGAACGUCUCUCCUGGGCUACUUCCUGUCGCUUUUCUUCUUCGCCAUGGGAUGUGAGAAUGCCAGCGUGGCCGGCAUCACCAGGUCAUACACUGGGGAGGAAAGUCUGUACAAAGUGGACAGUUCUCUCUUAGCGUCCUGCAACACAGACUGUCAGUGUCCCGAAACAAACUGGGACCCCGUGUGCGGUGAGAACGGCCUCACCUACUUCUCCCCCUGCCUGGCUGGAUGCCGGACGUCCCACGGCUCUGGACUGGACACGGUGUUCGAGCAGUGCAGCUGUGUAGCAGUCGGGAAUCACACGGCCAGUGCAGGCCAGUGCAACAACAGAGACAGCUGCCAUCGAGUCUUCCCCUACUUCCUGGCUCUGUCUGUCAUCACUUCCUUUAUCAUCUCGCUGGGAGGAACACCAGGAUACAUGCUGCUCAUCAGAUGCAUCAGACCUCAGCUGAAGUCUUUAGCUUUGGGUUUUCACACACUGACGACACGCACUCUAGCUGGAAUCCCAGCUCCUAUAUACUUCGGAGCCAUCAUAGACACCACUUGUCUGAAAUGGGGUCAGAAGAAAUGUGGAGGGAGAGGAGCCUGUCGAAUCUACAACACCACUGCCUACAGGAUAGCAUAUCUGGGCCUGACGCUGGGUUUACGGACCGCUUCCUUCUUGCUGUGCAUCCUGGGUCUGGUGGUGUUACGACGGCACGUUCGGAGGCAAGAGCACAUGACGCUCACAAACGGAGGCACAGGGGCCACGGCCGGCGAACUGCAGGCCCUCAGGAAAGAAGAAAACAACAGCUGUAACUCGGAUCAAUGCCCGCGGACUUCAGAUUACGACCCGGAACGGGAGACGCGUUUGUGACGUUUGUGCACAUGCAUGCACGCCUGCACAGGGAGCAACAGGGCCGUGAUGUUUCACCUUCAAUCGGACUCAUGUAAAUGAUGUCAAAUAAGUUGUUUUUGAUAAAGUAGAAGUAUUUAUUGAAUGUACAUGAUGUUUUGGGGAACAAAAGAAGAAGAAGAAUGUCUUUCAAACUCCCUAACUUGUUGGGAUUUAACGUAAAGAUGCUUUUAGAAGCAUCUGACGCCCUAAAUAGAGGCAAUUAAGCAUUGGAUUUCCUCUCAUUUAAGCCAUCGUCGUGCACAGGCCCUAUAAGAUUACCAUGAUUAUACCUUGUGGGUUCAUGAUCACGUCUGUUGCAUCUCGCUCUUCUGUCAUACACACAGAUAGAUGCCUGAAACAGUUGACCACGACACUGUGCUUAAUAUAAUUAGGCCUUGUUAAGCAGGGUAUAGGUUGACUAAGCUGUUGGAAAUCUCGAAUUUGCGUCACUGUUGUGCUUUUCAGUGUCACCUUCUAUUUAAGGAACCGUGCAAACAGGUGUGUGAUGCCGUGGUAUGCAAGUCAUCAUCUUCAUGAUCGAUGUUGUGCGAUGUCCUUGUGUGUGUGUGUGUGUGUGUUGUUACGUGUGAACGGGUGCAUUCCUGUGCCAAAAAAAACAAAACACAAAAAGUGCAAGAAAGCAAAGUCAACAUGGUCUAUUCUCAGGUCGUUCGAACAAUUGUUCCUCAGAUUCGCAAAUAAUGUUCUUUUAUAUAUUUGUAUAUAAUGAACUGAAGUUCACCAGUUAAAUAAGCAUUUUUCUUUGUGACUUGUAAAGCAAAUAAGAUGAGUGGCAUUUAUUACUUGCUUUAACGUUAGGCAGUAUAUAAUUUUAUUUGCUGAUAUGUUUUUUUUGUAUACUUUAAAGUGCAUAUCCUGAUGUGUAAAAAAAAAAUGCAUUGAUGUGAAAGAUUAGAUAGGUUCUUUUAAAAAUAAAUGAUUUACUACAUUUCGAGAAAGAACUACAAUGAGCAGCGUUUUUCGCUUUAAUCGUGAAAAUGGCAUAUACAAUCACAGCAAAAUGUAAACGAGGCACUUAGGCAGGUCAUUUUUUUCUCCCAUUAGAAGAACAUAAGAUUAAUAAAAUAGCAUAUUCGAACCACAUUUAACAGGAAGAUCCCAAUACAACAAAUGCAUAAACAAUCCCCUUUAUAAGACAUUGCAUUUCAUUUUCAAUCCUUAGGGAAUCAGCCAGACAUCCCAUCUUGCAUAGCAAUGACAGGUUCAGUUUUCUCCCUGAUUUUUCUGCGUCUGAGGGAGAGGAAGUGAGUGUGGAAGCCCUGUGCAUCAUAGAUGCAUGAACUGACAGCAUGGUUUUCAGCGCCCACAGGGCGGGUGACGGCUAAUUCUCAGUAAAUGGGAGGGAAUUAUAAUCUUACCACAAAAAAAUCUGAUUUAGCAUCGUUUUUUGUUUUUCUUACAGUGCAGGAUAAUUUUCACAGUAUUUUAAUCUAGAUAGUCUAAAUUUAAAUAGUUUUAAUUGUAAUUUUGUGACUAGAAUAGGCAAACAAUUAGAUAAAAUACCCACCCCUCACCAAUAACGGAGAAAAUCUCACCAAAACAAGUCCAGGUCGGAUUUAACCCUACAAUCAAAAAAAAAAAAAAAAGGCAAGCUAUAUUUUGCAUAAAGAAAAUGAACAACUGUCAUCAGUUUAAUGCAUCUGGACAUUUUUCGGCCUUGCAGUCUUAAGAACUAAAGGCCAUUUAUAUCUCACAAUUCUGAGAAGCAAAAAAAAAUGAAUUGUGGGACGUGAAUAUAAAAUGUAAGAGGAGAUAUAAAAAUCAAUAGCAAAAUAUAAACGGACUAACAUUUUUUUUUUUUUUUUUUUUUUUUUAAAGAUGACCGUGAUUUUUUAUCUCACAAUUGUGACUCUUUUCUCACAACGGUGAGUUUAUUUCUUGCAAUUCUGAGAAAAAAGUCUGAAUUGUAAGAUAAAAGUCACAAUUACCUUUGAUGUUUAUCCCAUGCCAGAAACAUGCUUCCAUCAAAAUGUGCUUAAUUGUAAUGACACGUUUUUAAAUUAUAAUAAAAAUGCA